AUUGGUGUGGUGCAUCGCCGCGCUUCUUCUUUGACCGUCACAAUUCGACUGGAUGCGUCAGGCGUGGCUUCUUGGAGCAGCCACAGUUGGCUUCGUCGUCGGCGGACACGAUUGCAUCCAUGACGUCCAGCUUGAACGGUUUACGCGGUCGGUAGACAUGACGACGCUCACAAACGAACAAGAACUGGAGACGUCGGGGUCUCGCCGGCUCACGGACGCCACGACGUUGUUCCAACCCAUCCGGAUCUCGUUCGACACAUCCCGCUUAACGAGUGAUCCUGGCUACCUCUGCACACAAGCGGGGCAGGCCAUCACCCGCGACGGAUCUUCCUACACCUGCACGCAGAACGACAUAUUGACCAAGGAAAAAUCCGACUUCAUCUUGUCCGUGAUGAUUCCAGCCGUCACGACGUACUUUUCCAGUGUCUUGUCCGUGCAGCGCGUGUCGGGGAAUCUCAUUAUUCAAGGUUUGGGAUGCCAAGCCAACGAAUGGGCGUGCUGCGCCAACACGAUCCCGCCGUACUUGAAGACGACAGGCAUUGCCAACACCGACUUUCUCAUCCACGUGACGGCUCGCCCCACGUCCGGGGCAGUCUUGGCAUGGGCCCUCCCGUGUAACAUUGACCAGUACGGCCGCCCUAUCUCAGGCCAAGCCAACUUUGGCCCGAAUCGGCUCGACACGCAGAGUGGUAGCCGGGCGGGCCAGAUCGGCACAGCGAUUCACGAAAUCACGCACGCGCUGGGGUUUUCGUCAUCGCGGUUCGCCGACUUUCGACAGCCUCUCAAUGGACCGUUGUGGGGCUACUCGAACGUGGUGUCGCAAACGCAGCAAAAUGGGAUUUUCGUCUCAAAGGUUAUCACGCCGCAAGUCGUCAAGCAGGCAAAGCAACAGUUCAAUUGCCCCGACUGGCCUGGCGCGGGGGCGGAGCUCGAGAAUGGCCCGACCGGAUCCAGCGACUUUUCGAGUCACUGGGAAAAACGCCUCUUCAACAAAGAGUACAUGACAGCCACCAGUUCGGCGAAUCCAGUCUACUCGGCCAUGACCCUUGCCUUCUUCGAAGACACGGGGUGGUACACAGCCAACUACUCGAUGGCGCAGGCACUGCCGUGGGGGUACCUCGAGGGCUGUUCCUUUGCCACGGGCCAGUGCUCCGAGUGGAGCAACGACUACUUUUGCUCCGCGGCGGGCGAACACUGCUCGGCCACGCGUGAUGCCAAGGGGUACUGCGACAUCAAUACGUACACGUCGAGCAUUCCAUCGGGUUUUCAGUACUUUAAGAAUGCCAAGCUCGGGGGCCAGGACACGUUCUCCGACUACUGCCCGACGUACCAAGGCUACAGCAACGGCGCGUGCUCCGACACGACGACGUACUUGGAUGCUGACAUGGGCGAGGCACUGGGGGCGGGCAGCAAAUGUUUUCAAUCGACUCUGACCAAAGGCAGUUCGAGAGCGUCCACGCCGGCAUGCUACCCUGUCAUCCGGUGCGGUCAAGGCAACAUGUACAUCCGCGUGGGUGGCAAGGAGGUUGCGUGUCCGUUGGCGGGUGGCGACGUAUCUGUGCCCGGCUUCCAAGGCACCGUGCGAUGCCCGCCCGGCAAUAAGAUGUGCCAACUGCUACAGACGCAGUGUUCUGGUCAAGGCAUUCUCAUGGUGGACGGGUCGUGUUCGUGCAACCCGGGCUUCAGCGGAUCGGAUUGUUCGCUGAAGGAUUGCCCGCUCCACAAUGGCGUCGAAUGCAAUGGCCGCGGGAGCUGCGACCGCCGGUCGGGCACGUGCCGUUGCGACGCUGCGUACACUGGUCUAUCGUGUUCGGAGCUGUUGUGCCCGGUCGUGACGAGUGACAAGUUCUUGGGGGACCAGUGCUCUGGCCACGGGGCAUGCAACGGAGCCCUUGGCACAUGCACGUGUUCCGACGGAUACACAGGCAAAGCAUGCGAGUGUGUGCCUGGCUGCACAAGCUGCUCGAACGGCGGGUCCUGCGACUGCUUGACAGGGUCUUGCGUGUGCCCGAGCGGAUUCUUCGGUGCCAAGUGUGAGUUGGCGGGCGACGCUCCUAUCGAGACACUCGUUCUCGACGCCAACGCAACGACGAUGGGCCAGGUCCCUGCCAAGACGACGUCGUACUUCAAAGUGCUGUUGAACUCGAGUUCGUCCGACAUCACGGUCCUGCUCACGUCCACGUCUGGAGAUGCCGACUUGUACGGGUCCUUUCUCGACACGUAUCCCAGCCCAAAGUCGACCAAGUCGACGUUGUUUGUGAGCAAUGCCAACCGCCACGACCGGCUCGACGCGAUCCAGCUGUGCGGGACCCUCGGCACGUUUCCCCGGGCCAUGAACGAUACGUUUCGGUUUUGCAGCCAAGCCAACGCGCUCCUGGUGCAGGGGGCCCCGGGGUACUUUUACGUGAGCGUCUUUGGGUUCGCGGCGUCGACGUUCGAGUUGAAGGUUGUGUCCGACCCGUGUGUAAACGAAGUGUGCUCCAACCACGGCACGUGUGGCAAGUAUUACGCUGGCGUUUGCGCAUGCGACCGGUCGUGGUCUGGCGAGCGAUGUUCGACGCCUCGCUGCCGCCCCGAUUGUGUGGACUUCAACAAUUGCAACGCGCCGACGUCGUCGGCCACGGUGCUGACCUCUGGUCUGCGCAACACCACCGAUUGCUAUGGCAACGGCGAGUGCCGCGUGGUGACUGUCCAUGGUGUUGACCAACCGACGUGCGUGUGCGACGAAGCGUUCUCGUUUGCCAACCCGACCGACGACCAGUCGAUUUGCAAAGUCCCGCUGCCGUCCAUCCGGCGCGUCCAGCACUUUGCAGACCCGUUUGUCGUGCACGGCGACACGAUGCAGUAUUACGUUGGGGUCGGGGAGUGGACGAUGUACACGCUGACCGUCAAGCCCGAAUGGCAAUACGUGUACGUGGAGCUCAAGGAGCUGUCGGACGGAAGCGAUCCGCUCGUACUUGUUCGCAAGACCAAACUCCCGUCGCUCAACGCGUCCGGCAACCCGUACCCGCUGCAAGCUGUGGAUGCCGCCGCGUGGACGAGUGCCGCCUCCAAGCAGCGCGUGCUGCUCACUCGAGCGUCGUCGACCCUGAGCGACGGCUUGCUCUACAUUGGUGUGUACAAUACUCGGUACGGGCGGAACCCGCUGGCGUACCAGCUCACGGUCGAGGCCAACUCGACGUGUGACAUCCACACAACCGACGUGUGCGCGCGGGGCAGCACUGUGGCAUGUGCGGUCGCGUUGCCCACGAUGUGUCAAUGUGCAUCGACAGCACAAGGCCCGUUCUGCGAUCAUGUCAAUAUCACACAUAGCCGCGUCAACGCCGACGUGCCGACGCAACUUGCUCCAGUCGUCGUGCACGAAGGCAGCUGGCAGUACUGGACGUUCGACGUGGCCGACCCAGCGGUCGAGUUUGUCCGCGUCGAGCUAACAACUGGCCAAAGCAGUGCUGCCGGCGACGAGGUCAAGCCGGUGCUCAUGGUGCGCGGUCCUCUCGAGCCCGGGUUCCCGUCGUUGGAUCUGAGCUCUGCCUUUGACUUCAACGCGGUGACCACGCCAGUGAAAAACGGCGGCAACCACACCGUCCUCGUUCCCGUCUCGACAUCGUGCGCGGGACCGAGAUGCUUCAAGGUCGCCGUGUACAACAAGUUGUACUCGGGGAACGUUAUCCAAGCCAACGUGACGUUGGUCGGGCUCAAGUCGGCCGCGCAGGCGUAUGCAGUGCCCGAUUGCACGCUGUCCGGUGUCGGCGACGCGGCGAAUUGCAAUGACCGCGGGAUGUGUGUUCAAGUUGGCGACCAGCCCACGUGCAAGUGCAAAAACGGGUGGAGCGGCAUGACGUGCAAUGCUCCUCGUGCGUUUGCGAUCUCGCAGUUGUGGUCGGCCGCCACCGGCAUUUCGCUGUUGUGCAGCGUUUGCAACGCCACGUUCACCUUGUCGAACGGCGCCAUGGUCAUGUUUACGCUGCCCCAAAGCAUGCAGCCCAACACGGGCUUGGAGCUGCGCGUCAAGUCGAAUGGUGGCAUCGUGUCGCCGAAUAUGUAUGUGUCGGAGGCGACCCCGCGGUCUUUGUACGACUUUGCCAUCAUGUCGUUUUCGGAUGAGAGUGAAGAAGUCGUCCAGCUGACAAACCGCCCAUUCCAAGGCCACUUUUGGGUUGCCAUCUAUUCGGAAGCGCCAUUGGGUAUGGACGCAAAUGCCACCAACACCCCGACGACGUUCACGAUCCAAUCUCGCGUGAUCCCGCUGGUCAAGAAGACCGUCGACAAGCGGCUCAUCACGCAAACGAGCUUCCUCGGUGCAGUCAUGUCAUGGCUGACGACGGCGCCGCUUGGCAUCGUUCUGUUCUCGCUCUUGCUCAUCUUUCUCGGCCUGACGGCAUUUUACUUUGUCUGGCGAACGUUUCGGUCGCCCGACAACCAGGAUAGCGCGAUCAGCACGCUUGCUGCCGAGUUGGGCAACCGAGCGAAUGAAGUGCAUCAUGUUGAGGCGGGUCUUGCAGCCGAGCGCGUACAGUCGCCCUUGCGCAUGGGCAGCUCGACUCGAAGCGACGACGCUCCUACGCCGAGCGCUCCCCCCUUGGAAUUGGAUGUCGAAAUGGCCCCCAUCGUACGCUUUUCUUAAUAGUGCAACGUGUACAUCCUUUCCUGAAUCAACGGGAAGGGCGUCCCC